CUCUGCGUGAGCUUUAAAUGGCCUUUACUUGUAGGGGUUGAAAUCAGAGUUCCACAAUAAAUAUAAUAAAACGUUUACCUUUGGUUCAUAAAUUUAUUAAAUAUAAUAUAGGAAUAUAAUUUCAUCAAAUAAUGAUACUAUCAAAUCGGAAUUCCUUAUUACAUAAAAAAAAUGUAUACCGCAGUUUUCUUGGCAUACUAUGCUAUUCUUAUAUACUGUUAUCAAAGAUUAUACAUGCCUGUGCUUUGCCACCAGUAAUUCGAGUUGGCGCAAUAUUUACGGAAGAUGAGAGGGAAAGCAGUGUCGAAUCAGCAUUUAAAUAUGCUAUAUAUCGAAUUAACAAGGAAAAAAUUCUUCUUCCAAAUACCCAGCUUGUUUAUGAUAUAGAAUAUGUUCCUCGCGAGGACUCUUUUCGAGCAACCAAAAAAGUUUGUCGGCAACUGGAAGCUGGAGUCCAGGCCAUUUUUGGGCCCACUGAUCCACUUCUUGCUGCUCAUGUUCAAUCUAUUUGCGAGGCAUACGACAUACCCCACGUUGAAGCUCGGAUUGAUCUUGAAUAUAACUCAAAAGAAUUUUCGGUCAAUUUAUACCCAUCCCACAAGCUCCUAACACUUGCUUACAAAGACCUAAUGGUAUACUUAAACUGGACAAAAGUGGCAAUUAUAUACGAGGAAGAUUACGGCCUAUUUAAUCUGAUGCACUCCACAAGUGAGACGAAAACCGAAAUUUAUAUAAGGCAAGCCAGCCCGGAAUCUUAUCGACAAGUGUUGCGAGCAAUUCGUCAAAAGGAAAUUUACAAAAUAAUAGUUGACACUAAUCCAGAUUUUAUAAAACAGUUUUUUAGAUCUAUAUUACAAUUGCAAAUGAACGAUCACCGAUACCACUAUAUGUUCACAACUUUUGAUUUGGAAACCUUUGAUUUGGAGGAUUUUAGAUACAAUAGUGUAAAUAUAACAGCAUUUCGAUUAGUAGAUGUCGAUAGCAAGCUUUAUUUAGAAGUUAUUGAUCAUAUGCAAAAGCUUCAACACAACGGGCUGGAAAAAAUUAAUGGAGUACCAUACUUUAAGACAGAAUCUGCAUUAAUUUAUGAUUCGGUGUAUUCAUUUGCGUCUGGACUGCAUAGUUUACAUUCAGAUGCAAAUAAAUUUAAUGUAAAAAAUCUUUCUUGUUCCUCUGAUCAAGUGUGGGAAAAUGGAUUGUUACUUUAUAACAACAUAAAUUCGGGUUCCACGGAUGGAUUGACUGGUAAUGUGAUUUUUGUGGAAGGUCGCCGAUCCAAAUUCAAACUUGAUAUUCUUAAAUUAAAGCAAGAAAGAAUUGAAAAGGUCGGUUACUGGGAGCCUGACGUAGGCGUUAACAUAUCCGAUCCAACUGCGUUUUAUGAUUCCAAUAUAGCUAACAUUACCUUGGUGGUAAUGACCAGAGAGGAACGCCCUUAUGUUAUGGUUAAAGACGAUAAAAAUGUUACUGGAAAUGAUAGGUUUGAAGGCUUUUGUAUUGAUCUACUCAAAGCAAUUUCACAACAAGUUGGCUUUCAAUACACUAUCGAUUUAGUUCCCGACAAUAUGUAUGGUGUAUUUAUACCAGAAACUAAUUCAUGGAAUGGCAUUGUUCAAGAAUUAAUGGAAAGGAGGGCUGAUCUUGCUGUAGCUUCAAUGACUAUCAACUAUGCGCGAGAGAGUGUUAUUGAUUUUACAAAACCUUUUAUGAACUUGGGUAUUGGUAUUUUGUUUAAGGUGCCGAGCAGUCAACCCACAAGACUAUUCUCCUUUAUGAACCCAUUGGCCAUCGAGAUUUGGUUUUAUGUGCUAGCUGCUUAUAUGUUAGUAUCAUUCGCUCUAUUUGUGAUGGCUCGAUUUUCUCCAUAUGAGUGGAAAAACCCCCACCCAUGUUACAAGGAAACGGAUUUAGUUGAAAACCAGUUCUCCAUAUCAAAUAGUUUCUGGUUUAUAACUGGUACCUUCUUGCGUCAAGGAUCUGGACUUAAUCCAAAGAUUUCAGAUCGAGCUCAAACGAAAUUCUUCUCGUUUAUGAAUCCACUAGCUAUAGAAAUAUGGGUUUAUAUAGCCAUUGGAUAUAUUUUCGUUUCAAUAUCAAUUUGGAUAGUCGCUCGGCUGUCACCGAUAGAAUGGGUUAAUUCCAAGCCGCCCUGCACUAUGGCUUGUGACCACAUAUUAGAACAAAUUCAAAAAGAAUAUUAUAAAACCGAGUUUGCGGAGCUAACAGAUAUUAAUAAUAAGGAAAUAUUUAUAAGUAAUAAUCACCAUGCACACAAUGUUGACGAUAUUAGCUGCGGACAAUGCGGUGUACCAAUACCGCUAUCAAAUGACGAUGAACAGCUUUCAGAUGAUACCAAUGUGGAGCUAGUUAGGAUACAAAAUAAUUUUACUUUAAAAAAUAGUUUUUGGUUCGCAAUUGGCGCUCUCAUGCAACAAGGUUCUGACUUAUAUCCUAGGGCAACGUCGACACGGAUUGUUGGUGGUUGUUGGUUCUUCUUCUGUUUAAUAAUAAUAUCGUCCUAUACUGCCAAUUUAGCUGCCUUUUUAACGGUGGAGAGAAUGAUCUCUCCAAUAGAAAGUGCUGCUGAUUUAGCGGAACAAACUGAUAUAUCCUAUGGAACAUUGGAAGGCGGAUCUACGAUGACUUUUUUUAGGGACUCUAAAAUUGGGAUCUAUCAGAAGAUGUGGCGAUACAUGGAAAACCGAAAAUCUUCCGUAUUUGUCAAAACCUAUGAGGACGGAAUUAAACGAGUUAUGGACGGGAACUACGCAUUUUUAAUGGAAUCUACAAUGCUGGAUUAUGCCGUUCAACGCGAUUGUAAUUUAACUCAGAUAGGAGGGUUAUUAGAUUCCAAAGGGUACGGUAUUGCAACCCCAAAGGGUUCGCCCUGGAGAGAUAAAAUUUCACUAGCCAUCUUAGAGCUACAAGAAAAAGGUAUUAUUCAAAUAUUGUAUGACAAAUGGUGGAAAAACACAGGUGAUGUUUGCAACAGAGAUGAUAAGAGUAAGGAAUCGAAAGCUAACGCCCUUGGAGUAGAAAAUAUAGGUGGAGUUUUUGUUGUUUUGCUAUGCGGUCUUGCGCUUGCUGUUGUUGUAGCCAUAUUUGAAUUUUGCUGGAACUCGAAAAAAAAUGUCAAUACGGAAAAUCAAUCAUUAUGCUCUGAAAUGGCUGAGGAGCUCCGUUUUGCAAUGCACUGCCAUGGAACAAAAUUAAAACACAGAUCUCGGAAACGAAAUUGUAUAAAAUGUUCUAAUGGUUCUACAUAUGUUCCAAGUAAUGCUGGGACGCAACAUGUCGGGGUUAACUAUAAUUAUUUUAGCUGAUUUAAAAUCGAUAUGAAUAUGUAAAAUAUAUAGAUAUAAUAAAAAUAAUUGAAACUGUU